AUGGAAGAUUCCGGCGGGGUUGCUACUGCUGGCGGUUCGGAGGGUGACAAGAAGAAGCCAGCUGAAGGGGAGAAUAAGUCCAAGCGCAAAAUGAAGACGGCUUCUCAGCUUGAGGUUCUUGAGAAAACAUAUGCUGUGGAAGCAUACCCGUCAGAGGCAUUAAGGGCUGAGCUCUCGGUACAGUUAGAGCUCUCUGAUCGUCAGCUGCAGAUGUGGUUCUGCCAUCGGCGAUUGAAGGACCGGAAGGGCACACCAGGGUCAGGAAAGCGCCAACUACGCAAGGAGUCUCCACCUCCUCCUACUGCACCACCUGGAGGGGAGGAAGUGGUUGCUGCGAGUGAGCCAUAUAGGGAGCAUCUGUCAACAGCCUCUACUUCACUAUCGAGUCCAUUCAGUCAUCUGACGGAUCCAAGACGGCUAGUGGUUAGGACCCCGGGAGUGGCUGUUCCCAGGAUCAGUGGUGACCUGUCGACAAUGAAGAGGUAUUAUGAGCCACAGCACUCUGUUGCAGAGCUUAGAGCAAUAGCAUUUGUUGAGGCACAGUUGGGGGAACCAGUGAGGGAGGAUGGUCCAAUUCUCGGCAUGGAAUUUGACUCCUUGCCACCAGAUGCAUUUGGCGCACCUAUAGGGUCUGCUGCUACGGUGGGGCAUCAGAAGUCAUCAGGACGACACUUCGAGGCCAACAUGUAUGAACGAUCUGAUGUGAAAUCUAUCAAGGGUCCUACCAGAGCACUGCAGGAGUACCAAUUUCUUCCACAGCAGCCAAGUGUUAGGGCAGAUGGAUAUGAGCGAAUUGCCCCGUUGUACCCGUAUGAUUCCCCUUCUGAUAGUCAUAUUACAAAAACCAUACCAUUGCCUGUGGAACACCCCUUCAUGCAUGGGAACGAGCACUCGUCCUCAGGAUAUGGAUUUCCAGGUCAAGUGCCCAGUUUAAGUCUAAUGCCCCAGGAAGUCCGGCAGGGUCAUCAUCUCUUACCAUCUUCUUCAGGAGAGUUUGGAACUGCACCACGAAGGAACUUGUUUGCAAACAUGGGAAUGGAUACACAACUUGGUCCUCAUGCUAUCACUGGUUUGGAAGAUCCAUUUACAUCAUCCGACAGGCGUGCUAAUCAUGUUGACGAUGUUUUGCGCAUGGAAAGGAAACGAAAGAGCGAGGAAGCAAGAUUAGCACGGGAAGUUGAAGCACAUGAGAAGAGGAUUCGGAAAGAGCUCGAGAGGCAGGAUAUGUUGAGGAAAAAGAGAGAAGAGCAAGUAAGGAAGGAAAUGGAAAGGCAAGAGCGUGAAAGACGGAAGGAAGAAGAAAGAUUGUUGCGUGAAAAGCAGAGAGAAGAAGAGAGAUACCAGAAGGAGCAAAGGCGUGAAAUGGAGCGGAGAGAGAAGUUUUUGCAGAAGGAAUCUCUCAAAGCUGAGAGAAUGAAACAAAAGGAAGAAUUGCGCAGAGAGAAGGAGGUAGCCAGGCAAAAGGCUGCUAUUGAGAGAGCUCGUGCCCGCAAGAUUGCAAAAGAAUCUAUGGAGCUCACUGAGGAUGAAAAGCUAGAACUCAUGGAGCUAGCUGCAUCAAGCAAGGGGUUGCCUUCAAUGCUUUCUCUUGACUUUGAAUCUUUGCAAAAUCUUGAUUUAUUUAGAGACAAGCUGGCAACAUUCCCUCCCAAAUCUGUGCCUCUGAAGAGGCCUUUUGCAGUGCAACCAUGGAGCAACUCGGAGGAAAAUGUAGGGAACCUUCUUAUGGUCUGGAGAUUCAUUAUUACUUUCACUGAUGUUCUUGGUCUAUGGCCAUUCACUUUUGAUGAGUUUGUCCAAGCUUUUCAUGAUUACGAUCCAAGGCUAUUGGGUGAAAUACACGUGGCUCUGCUGAAAUCCAUCAUCAAAGAUAUUGAAGAUGUGGCUAGGACACCAGCCACUGGCCUUGGAGCAAACCAGACCAGUAGUGGUAAUCCUGGUGGUGGACAUCCACGGAUUGUUGAAGGGGCAUAUGCAUGGGGUUUUGAUAUACGCAAUUGGCAGCGCCACUUAAAUUCACUCACAUGGCCUGAAAUAUUGAGGCAAUUCAGUCUUUCUGCAGGAUUUGGGCCACAACUGAAGAGAAGGAAAAUUGAGAAUCCAUAUCUGCGCGAUGACAAUGAGGGUAAUGAUGGUGAAGCUGUAAUUAGUAAGUUACGAAAUGGAUCAGCUGUGGAAAAUGCAGUUGCUAUAAUGCAAGAGAAGGGUCUCUCAAAUCCACGCAGAUCUAGGCAUUGCCUUACACCUGGCACCGUUAAAUAUGCGGCAUUUCAUGUUCUUUCUCUUGAGGGGAGCAAAGGUCUAUCAAUAUUGGAUGUUGCAGAGAAGAUUCAGAAAUCUGGAUUGAGGGAUCUUUCCACAAGCAGAACGCCAGAAGCUUCAGUUGCUGCUGCUCUGUCAAGGGAUACAAAGUUAUUUGAGAGGACAGCUCCAUCCACAUACUGUGUGCGUACACCAUACAGGAAAGACCCUUCUGAUGCUGAGGCUAUCCUUUCCGCAGCCAGGGAAAAAAUCCGAAUAUUUAAAAGUGGUCUUGUGGAAGAAGAUGCUGAUGAAGCUGAAAGAGAUGAAGAUUCUGAGAGUGAUGGAGCCGAGGAUCCUGAAGUUGAUGAUUUAGAUGCUGAAUUAAAUCCUAAGAAAGAGGAUUACUGUACUUCAGAAGCAGGAAAGUUCUCUCACGAAGCUGUACUGGAUAAUGGAAAGGAAGAGGAAGAGGCUGUAAAAAAGGAACCAGUGUUCACUGAAAAGGGUGAUGGUUUAUUUUUAAUGUGUUCUGAAGACACUAGUUCUUUACAAGGUGUCAGUGAUGCUGUCACUCCUGUCGAGAAUAGAACUAUCUCCAGUCUUGAUGAAGAGGAUGCAGAUAUUGACGAGAGUAGCCCUGGUGAACUGUGGGUUCAGGGAUUGAUGGAAGGUGAAUACUCUGAUCUGAGUGUUGAGGAGCGCCUUAAUGCCCUUGUUGCAUUGAUUGGUGUGGCAAUUGAAGGGAAUUCAAUUCGUCUUGCUCUAGAGGAGCGCCUAGAUGCAGCAAAUGCUCUUAAGAAGCAAAUGUGGGCAGAGGCACAACUUGAUAAGCGUCGCAUAAAAGAAGAAUAUUUAGUGAAGCAAUACUCAUCAUUUGCAGGAAAUAAUCUUGUGACCCUAGUGCCAGAGGGUAGGAUGAGCCCGCUGGCAGCUCUUGAUGAGAAAAUCAAGGAUGUACCUCCGAGUACUAUGGUUCCACAUGAACAACCAAGGGACCCUCAUAAUGAUGUAAAUCAUCAUAAUACUUUGCCUUCCGAAGUUAACAUUCAAAUGCAAGAUUUCCCCUUGGGUGCCGAUAAUCUACCGCACCAACAUCCAGGACAUGUCACUGAACGAUCCCGCUCACAUUUAAAAUCUUGUGUUCAUCAUAAGGCAGAAGAGACUUAUGUAUAUAGGUCACUUCCCCUUGGUUUAGAUCGCAGACGCAAUCGGUAUUGGCAGUUUGUAACAUCUCCAUCUCAUAAUGAUCCUGGUUCUGGUAGGAUCUUUGUCGAGUUACAUGAUGGACGUUGGAGGCUUAUUGAUUCAGAAGAGGGUUUUGAUGCUCUUUUAGCAUGUUUGGAUGUCCGUGGCAUUAGGGAAUCCCAUUUACGCUUGAUGUUGCAUAGGAUCGAAAAAUCAUUUAAGGAGACUGUCAGAAGGAACAUGCUACAAGUAACCACUAAGAAGAAUGUUGGUUGUUUCCUCAAAGAUGAAGCUGUUGAUUUAGGAGAUGCUCCUGAUGGCGUUGAAAGCCCUAGAAGUGCUGGUUAUCCUACUGACCCUGAGAUGUGCGAGACCUCUACGUCAUUUGCUAUUGAACUUGGAAGAAAUGGAAGUGAAGAAAACAAUUCCUUGAAGAGGUUUUGUGACUUUGAGAGGUGGAUGUGGAAAGAAUGCUUUAGUUCGAUGAUGCUAUUGUCCGCAUCCAAGUAUGGACAAAAAAGAUGCCCACAGCUACUGGGACUUUGUGCUGAUUGCCAUGAUAUAUACUUUUACGAAGAUGACUCAUGUCCAUCUUGCAAUAAAGCACUUGAACCCUCCAAGAGUAGCUUGGAUUUUGUUCAACAUCUGUUUGAACUAGAAAAUCAAGUUGUAGAUCUUCCUCACAAGUCAUAUGGUUAUUCUCCUGUGAGGAUCCGGGUACCUAAAUUGCUAUUAGCAUUAAUUGAGGUCUCACUCCCUCCAGAAGCACUUGAACCUCAUUGGACAAGUGCUACGAGGAAAUCAUGGAGUAUGAAGUUGAGGUCUAUCUCAUCAGCUGAAGAGCAACUUCAGGCUUUAACUUUAUUGGAAGCUGCUGUAAGGAAGGAUUAUCUAUCCUCUAACUUUGAAACCACAAGUGAACUGCUAGGAUGGUCUGAUCCACUGGGAUUUUCUACUGCUAUUUCAAAAAGUAUGGAUACGGUUCCUAUACUUCCAUGGUUGCCACGUACAACAGCAGCUGCAGCUUUAAGAAUAAUGGAAUUCGAUGCAUCUAUCUCCUACAUUCUCCAGCAGAAAGUUGAAUUCCAGAAGGAUAAAGUUGCUGGGGACUUCAAUCUUGCUUCCACCAAGUAUGUUGUGGUCAACAGUUCAAACCAUAAUCAAGCCUCUGGAACUAUCCCUCAAGCUGGAUCAUAUCAAGAUGAGAGUUGGAUCGAUGUUGGGAAUGAACUAGGUAUUGGCUUCAGCAAUGAACGAGGGAAUCGUGGAAGGAGCCGUGGACGAACAACUCAUAAUACAAGUUCUCAUCAGAGAAAUAUCACUGGCCCUAGAUCAGGCUCCCGCAAGUUAGCAUCUAGCAGCGAGGGGUUAUUGGCAUGGAAAGGGCGACCUCGUGCCCGGGGUGGUCGUAAGCGUGGUCGCCGCAGUGCAAGAAGUCGGCAGAGAUCAUCGGCCAAGAUAACAACUGUCGGACUCCCUGAAAGAGAGAUUCCACAAGGAACCUUGUAUAAGAAGCAAAGAGGAGACACCAGCAGAGAAGAAGAAUGGAAUAUUGAAGAAACUGGAUUUCCGGUGGUGGAUGAAAUGGAAAAUGGCAGUAGUUCUGAGAGGUCAGAUUAUGAUGACGAUGGAAAUGGGCAACAAGCCGUAGAUGAUGAUUUCUACCACGACGAUCUGGUGACAGCUGAUGACUAUGCCAGUGGCGACCUUGCUGGUAAAACUGGUGAGUUUCAGUUGCUGAGUGAUGAUGAUUUGGAGGUGAAUGAAGAUGGGGAAGAAGAGGAAGAAGAGAUUGAUGAAUCUGGAGAUGGAGGUGGAGAAAUGGACAUCGAUGGGUACAUAAAUGCAGAUUCCGAUGACGGAAUUCAGGAUCGAGACAGAGACUCAGAUGGGACAGCGUCAUCAGGUUUCAGUGACUAG